UAUCUUAUAAAAUACAUUCUAUUUUUCCUCAAACAAAAAAUUUAUAUUCCAUAUCCAAAGAAACACAAAGACCAUUGUGUCCAUUCCAUCAUCAAUGUUGAACCAAACAAGAACAUGGAUAACAUUCUCCCAAACCAUCUCAUCUUCUCUUCCAAACCUAAACAGUCCUAUCUUCAACAAUCUAAUCACUUCAAUCCCCACAAUUAAACCUCUAAAACUCAUAAGCACCAUCACACUCCAAGAGCAAGCUUCAUGCCUGCAAUAUUGCAAUGCAAGGAGGAGAGGGGGACAUGAAGAAGAAGAAGAAGAUUGUGAGUAUGGAGUUAAUGAGGAGAUUGCAAUGUUGGAAAUUUAUAGUGAAUCUGCUAGAGGAGAAGCCCUUCUUGUUCAUGCUAUUGUGGAUGAUGAGCAAGUAGAAGUUCUUGUUUUCAAGGGAUUCUCUUCAUGUUUGAGUUACAAGACAUCACCGGAUCCAUCAAAGAGUGUACUUCCGGCAAGAGCAAUUAUCGAGUCCAUAGACAGGAUAAAGGGUCCUUUUGAUCCCUCAAAUAUUGAGUAUUUAGAGAAAGGUCUGUCAUGGCCAGCUUUCAAAUCCCGUUUUGCGCAAACAUGACUUUCUAAACCUAAAAAUUUGAGCCUUGCAAUUAAUCAUUUUUUAAACUUUUAAAUUUCAUGUUUAUUUUUAUUAAGCAAUAAAUUAACAAUUGAUUUAUAUUAAGAAAACAUUUCUUAUCUA